AUGGCCAACCAUCAACUGUUGGGAGUUCUACUGCUACUCCUCGGUCUUACCACCUUCUGCCUAGCCGCCCCGCCCACUCCCUGCUCUACGCCUGCUUGCAAAUCGGCGGCCGCGUACAUCGCCGACGCCAUGAACGCCACCGCCAACCCGUGUACGGACUUCUUUGCCUUCGCCUGCGGCGGAUGGCAGUCCCGUCACCACAUUCCUGACUGGAAGUCCCGCACCGGCACCUUCGACGCCCUCAACGACCAGAUGACCGCACAGAUUGACGCCCUCCUCGAGGCCUUCAACGUUUCCGGUCACGGCCACUCCCAUGUAAAGUCCUCUGGUUCAGUCGCUUAUGGCGCCUACCUCUACCAACGCUGCAACGCCCUCGGCAUCGACCAGGAGGACGCGGUGGCCCUCGCCGACCUGAAGGACGUGGUCAAAGAGGUGAUCGGCGUCUGGCCCAUCGGCCAGGGCCAGCGAGCGGAGAAGGACAAGUCCUGGGCGGAGAAUAUCGUCAAGGCCUUUGUCGCGGGCAUCAGCGCCGUCUUCCAGUUCUCCAUUCAGCCCGACCCGAAGAACGUGACGGUGAACAAGGUGGUGCUCGACCCCGCCGCCCAGGGCCUCGGCGACAAGGAACUCCAGAACCUAACUGCCAACGCCAAGGAGAUUACCGCCUACAAGGCGUACAUUCGCUCCGCGGCGAAGCUCUUCUGUGGCGCAAACUGCCCCACCCUUGAAGAGGACAUUGAUGAUAUCAUUCACCUCGAGUCAGCCCUCGCCAGCUCAAAGCUCUCUGUCGAGGACCAACGCGACCCGGAAACGCUCUACAACCUGCUGACCUUCAAACAGCUUGCCGAUCGUUCUAAAUUUGACUUUCUCGCCCACAUUCUGAUUCCCGCCGUGAAGGCCCUCGGCUACACGCCCACCGCCCAGCCCACCGACCAGCUGAUCGUCUCCGACGUGAACUUCACCAUCAAGGCAGUGUCCAUUAUCUCUUCGCUCAAGUCGCCCGACCGUACGCUGGCCAACUACAUUAUCAACGCCGCCUACGAACCGGAGCAAAACUCCAUCACCAUUCCCGCCGGCAUCCUCAAGGCGCCAUUCUUUGACGCCGCUCGCCCCUUUGCCAUCAAUCACGGCUCCAUCGGCGUGGUCAUUGGCCACGAGUUCACCCACGGCCUGGACGAUCAAGGCCGUCAAUACGACGAGGUGGGCAAUCUGAAGAACUGGUGGACCCCGGCGGCCAUCAAGGCCUUCAGUGAGCGCAGCAAGUGCUUUGUAGAGGAGUACGGCCGCCAGGUGGAGAAGAUUACCGGACUGCAUAUUAUCAACGCCGCCUACGAGCCGGAGCAGAACUCCAUCACCAUUCCCGCCGGCAUCCUCAAGGCGCCAUUCUUUGACGCCGCCCGCCCCUUUGCCACCAACCACGGCUCUAUCGGCGUGGUCAUUGGCCACGAAUUCACCCACGGCCUGGACGACCAAAAACGGCAGUACGACGAGGUGGGCAAUCUGAAGAACUGGUGGACCCCGGCCGCCAUCAAGGCUUUCAGUGAGCGCAGCAAGUGCUUUGUGGAGGAGUACGGCCGUCAGGUGGAAAAGAGCACUGGACUGCAUCUCAACGGCCAAAACACACUGGGAAAAAACAUUGCCGACAAUGGAGGAACCCAUGAAUCGUUUAACGCCUACAAGGCCCGAGAAACUGCUUCGGGGGCGUCGCCUACGCUGGCAGACCUUCCCAAGUUCACCUCGGACCAGCUCUUCUUUCUCUCCUAUGCUAAUGUAAGCGAUCCUUUUGAUUAG